AGGAGCCACAAGCCCCCCGCUCGUUGUAGCUGCAGCCCCCCGCCCUGGGAGCGCCGGUCCUGCCCUCCGCAUCCCGCAGGAUUUAUCAUUCCCUAACUUUGGCCAGAUGGAAGAGGAGGCUGCAAGGAAGAGGAAGAUGCUCUGGGACACCCAGGCAGGGAAUGACCUGCACACAGAGAGGAGGGAAGACAAAUCCCCAUGUCAGAACCUUGUGGAAGAGGCUGUUUUAAGCAGCUCCACGGCACAGGAAGUCAGCAAGGAGGAAAAGCCCCGGAGAUCCCCCAUGAGGCACGACUUCAAACCCAGCCCAGGGAGCUCUGAGGAGGAAAGAUCUACCCUGUGCCAGGAAGACAGCCAGAGCUUCAGCCAGAGCUCAGAGAUGGUGGUCCAUGAGCAGCUUCAUGGCAGGGAGAAGCCCUACAAGUGCUUGGAGUGUGGGAAGAGCUUCAGCUGGAGCUCUCACCUGAUCCGCCACCAGAAGAUUCACACUGGGGAACGGCCCUACGAGUGUGGGGAGUGUGGGAAGAGCUUCAGCCAGAGCUCUGACCUGGUGGUCCACCAGCGCCUUCACACAGGGGAACGCCCCUACAAGUGCUUGGAAUGUGGGAAGAGCUUCAGCAAGAGGUCCAGCCUGACAUACCACCAGCGCUUCCACACUGGGGAACGGCCACAUAUUUGCUUGGAGUGUGGGAAGGGCUUUAUCCAGAGCUCCCACCUCAUCAGCCACCGCCGGCUGCACACCGGGGAACGGCCAUACAACUGCAUGGAAUGCGGGAAGAGCUUCAACCGCAGCUUCAGCCUCGUCAUCCACCAGCGCGUCCACACCGGGGAACGGCCCUACGAGUGUCCCCAGUGUGGGAAGAGGUUUCAGACCAGCUCCGAUCUCCUCCUGCAUCAGCGGAUGCACACGGAGGAGCGGCCCUUCCGCUGCACCGACUGCGGGAAGGGCUUCAUCCGCAGCUCCGACCUGGUCAAGCACUGGCGCGUCCACACUGGGGAGAGGCCCUACAGGUGCUUGAAGUGUGGGAAGAGCUUCACCCAGAGUUCUGCUUUGUCCUCACACCAACGGACCCACUGGUAAGAGAAGCCCUACAAGUGCUCCAGCUGCGGGAAGAGCAUUGGACGAUCCGUGUCGGGCAGACAACACUGGAUGCUUCACGAUGGGGAGAAACCCUACAAGGGCUUCUUGGAAUGUGGGAAGAGCUUCAGCAACAGCUCCAACCUCCUCAUCCACCACUGGGUGCACUUGGGGAACUGCCCCUAUGAGUGAGAGGAAUGUGGGAAGAGCUUCAGCCAGAACUCCAGCCUGAGCUGCCACCAGGAGAUCCACGGGGAACGGCCCUACCCGUACUUGGAAUGCAGAAAGAGAUUCAGCCUCUGCUUCCAUCUGAUCUACCACCGGAAGGUCCACACUGGGGAACAGCCCUACAUGUGCAGGGAAUGUGGGAAGAGGUUUAGUGACUGUUCCAACCUGAUCUGCCACCAGAACAUCCACACCAGGAGGAGGCUCUAAGAGUGUCCCAAGUGUGGGAGGCGCUUCUCCUGCAGCUCUGCCUUGACCCAACACCAACAGUCCCACGUGGGGGAGAAGUCCUACAAAUGCUUGGAAUGUGGAAAGGGCUUCAGCCGGAGCUUCCACCUCCUCCGCCACCGGAUGAUCCACACAGGGGAACGCCCCUAUGAAUGCUUGGAAUGUGGGAAGAGCUUCAGCAGGAGCUCCUGUCUGAUCCGCCAUCAGGUAAUUCACACAGGGGAACGGCCCUACAAUUGCAAGGAAUGUGGGAAAAGCUUCAAUGACCGCUCCAACCUCCUCACCCACCAGCGCCUGCACUCCAGGGAACGGCCCUACGAGUGUGGGGAGUGUGGGAAGAGCUUCAGCACCAGCUCUGACCUGAUCCACCACCAGAAGAUCCACAGUGGAGAACGGCCCUAUGAGUGUCCUAAGUGUGCAAAGAGAUUUCGGACCAGCUCCCAUGUCCUCCUACAUGAGCGGAUUCACACGGACGAGAGGCCCUUCCGCUGCCCCGACUGCGGGAAGGGCUUCAAACGCAACUCCCACCUCACCCUGCACCGGCGCACCCACACCGGGGAGAGACCCUACAAGUGUCCUGAGUGUGGGAAGAGCUUCUGCAGCAGCUCUGGCUUGACCCAACACCAACAGUCCCACUUGUAAGGGAAGCCCUGCUGUGGAGGCCCGGGGGCCACCGUUGGAGCUGUAAUACCUCAGCCCUGGGAGGGCAAAGGUGGCGAGGGUCAAAGAGAGACAGCCCUCUGAAUUCAGUGGUCUCACCCAUAAGCAUUUGCAGGCUCCUGUUAAUGCAGCAAGCUUUAUUGGUAUCACCCGGUUCAACUGCCAUUUUUUCCUUGUAUGUACUCCCCCUAGAAUGUUCUCCCCUCUCUUGUCCCCUGUUGGUCCUGGUUUGCUGCAAUGCUCUACCCCUGUUACCUCGUUGGUUCCCCAGUUGGCUGCCCCUCCUCUGCGUUGUUUGUAUUCAGUUCCCAUCGGCCCUUGGCGCUCAGAUCUGCCUCUUUUCCCCCUCAUGUAAAACCCUGUCCUCAGCCCUCUGUCCCUGGACCCUCCUCAUUGCAAUAAACCAGGUUUGGA